AUGGGCUUCGGAAAGUACGUCUGCGGCGAUUACGACAGUGGUGAGGAAGAGUUGCUCAACGGGAUCCUUCGCGCCUUGGAUGUGGCGAAGUCGUAUCCCAGACAAGCCAUGGAUGCAGUCUCAAAGGCCGGUUUGGGCCCGAAGAGCAUGAUCAUCGUCCGUGUCGCCUCCCUGAAUAGAGACACCAUCAUGAACAGCUGCAAUUGGGGUGCUCGAAUCACCACGGGCGCAAUCCAAGGAGCACUUCUUCUACCCGACUGCCCAGCGAACUCCGUCCGCUGCGAAGCCCGGGAACACCUCUGCGAGGCCAGCGAGCCAUCUUGGAAGUGCAAGUGCACCCUGGGAUACGACGGAGAGAUCACGAUUCCCAACCUGGACGAUAUCCAAGGACCUUUCAAGAUCGUCGGGGAGUGCAAACCCAUUGCAGGCUACUGCAAGUUUGAUGAGUUCAAGCUGAUGCUGGCCCCCGGCGAAGAAGCGAAGGGUGUUUUGGGCGAGACCGCUACACCGGACUGCCCGAAAGGCUUUGAGGCAGCUGGAUCCAGCGAAUGUACCGAGGGCCAGUCGAGGGAGGGCCAAUGGACUCCGAUCCCGCGAUGUAACUACAUACCACCGAAUGUUCCUCCGGAGCCGUUCUGCAGCUCUCCACAGCUGAACCCCACGCUCACCUUCAAAGGAUGUAGCAUCUGCUUUGGCGUCGAGCCCGGCAAGACCGGUCCUGCAUGCGACUGUGAGGUUCACUGCGCACAGGAUCACGAAGAGGUGGGUACCGUUGGGUCUGGCCAGAAGAGCUGCGUGGCGACCGAGUAUCAGUGCCCUGAGUCCAUCAUGGAGGGAGCGCAGUGUGUGGAUUCCCAGACCAAGGAGCCGACGCUGGAUUUCUGCUGCGACACGGCGUGGGGUGCCAACAUCCCACCGCCGGCGCUGACAGAAGGCAGCUGCCGCGACAUCAAAGAGGACAAGCAGUGCUUGACCAGCGUGCAGUCUGCAACCGGCGCGGAUGCAAACAAGGCUGGACAGCCGUGCUGCUGGAGCCGCAGCGGCUUUGGCGGCGAUGCUUCCUUGGUUUGCGCCGCCAAGGAGUCACAGGCCAUGCAGGGAACAACGCCAUCCGCUUGCGCCGUGGCGCGCCGAGUUCUGAAAGCCGAUUGGGCCCAGCUUCCUACGUGCAUUCCGCCAUGUGAGGACACCUUCGACCGGGCAUUCUUGGACGUCUCCGGGUGUGAGAGGUGCUACGGGGCGGAGGCCACGAAUGCUCCAGCCUGCUCAUGCCAGGUGCAGUGUGAACACUCCUUGCUGCGGAUCGGUGGCGGGCCGGAGGGCAGCAGGACAUGCGAGGCUGCGACGAAUGGCGAGUACUCCUUCGGUCUUCCACCCGCAUGUCAGAUGAGGCCGGCUGCUCCGCACUGCCCAUCGGUAGAUGCCCCGGGUCUGCGGCCAUCGGAAUGUGCGAACGAGGCCGGUGGCACUUGCAACGUGGCCUGCGAGCGAGGCUUCGUGCGCACAGACGGCGGCGAAGAAGGGGAGAAGGUCUGCCGCGCGAAGCCCAAACAGCUCGAGGUGAAGACUUGUGAAGACAUUAUGGAGGAGGAGGAAUGCCUUAACAGUCACGGACAGGGCCAUACCGGAGGCGAUGUCUGGAGCGCUCUCCCCUGCUGUUGGAACAAGGAGGGCUUCGGCAACGGCAAGAAGUGCCUGCAGUCUGGCUCUUCCGUUAUCAGCCAGCUUCCUGGGAAAGCCGGCAUGGGUGCUUGGGGUGUGGGGAGCUCGGUUGCGAAGUUGAGCCUCUUUCAGUCUGGCUUAUGGGUUAAUAUCGUGCGCAUUGUCGACUAA